AUGGCUAACCAACUGACUGGAGAGCAGAUUGCAGAAUUCAGAGAAGCCUUUUCACUAUUUGACAAGGAUGGCCAUGGGACUAUAACAACAAAGGAACUGGGGACUCUGAUGAAGUCUCUUGGGCAGAACCCCACAGAAGCAGAGCUACAAGACAUAAUUAAUGACGUAGAUGCAGAUGGUAAUGGCACAAUUGACUUCUCUGAAUUUCUUACAGGGAUGGCAAGAAAAAUGAAAGACAGUGAAGAAGAAAUUAGAGAAGCAUUCCACAUGUUUGAUAGGGUUGGUGAUAGCUACAUUAGUGCAGCAGAGCUUCUGCAUGUGGUGGCAAACCUUGGGGAGAAGUUAACAGAUGGACAGGUCGAUGAUCAGGAAAGCAGCCACAAAUUUCGGAAAUUCCUUGGAAUUGAUUAA